UUUUUUUUCUUGGUGCUGACCUAUAAAGAAUAUUAAAUAUUCAUGGGAGAAGAAAACCAAACAUAUGUGACUGAAUUUGUCUUCCUGGGCCUUUCACAGGAUCCACACACACAAGUCCUGCUCUUCUUCCUUUUUCUGAUCAUCUACCUGCUGACUGUGCUGGGAAAUCUGCUUAUUGUUGUGCUCAUUCACAUAGAUUCCAGGCUCCAUACACCCAUGUACUUUUUCCUUAGAAACUUGUCCUUUGCUGAUCUUUGUUUUUCUACUACUACAGUUCCCCAGGUGCUAGUCCACUUCCUGGUAAAAAGGAAAACCAUUUCAUUUGCUGGAUGCUCAACACAGAUAGCUGUUUUACUUCUGGUUGGGUGCACUGAGUGUGCACUGCUGGCAGUGAUGUCCUAUGACCGGUAUGUAGCUGUCUGCAAGCCCCUGCGCUACACCACCAUCAUGACACAUUGGGUAUGUGCCCAGCUGGCGAUAGGAUCCUGGGCCAGUGGAGCAUUCGUGUCUCUGGUGGACACCACAUUCACGUUGUGUCUGCCCUACCGAAGGAACAAUGUCAUUAACCAUUUUUUUUGUGAACCUCCUGCCCUCCUGAAGCUGGCUUCUGCAGACACCUACAGGACAGAAAUGGCCAUCUUUGCAAUGGGUGUGGCCAUCCUCCUAGCUCCUGUCUCCUUGAUCCUGGUCUCCUACUGGAAUAUCAUCUCCACUGUGAUCCAGAUGCAAUCUGGGGAGGGACGGCUCAAGGCUUUCUCUACCUGUGGCUCCCAUCUCACUGUUGUUGUCCUCUUCUAUGGCUCAGCAAUAUUUGCCUACAUGAGACCGAACUCCAAGAUAAUGAAUGAAAGAGAUACAGUGAUCUCUGUUUUCUAUUCAGCAGUGACACCCAUGCUGAACCCCAUCAUUUAUAGUUUGAGGAACAAGGAUGUCAAAGGGGCUCUCAGGAGGGUGAUUGCAAAAUAG